UUUUAAGCUCGUUCAAUUCGUUUUCAGCUUUCAUCAAGUCGUGAUCUAAGCUGAUCUUUGUUUUGUGUUAAUUGUUUCAUGUUUUAAGAGAAAAAAUAAAAAACGACAAGUUAAAAUCAAUAAACUUGCAGUGUCAAGUGUUUAGUGUGGGGCGGUUAAUAAUACCACCAAAAAGCCCAUUGUUCGCCAAUAAGAAACCAAAUGGCCGCAAGAUUGCGGAGAAAUGUGCGAGACAAACGCCACCAUGGAUGUGGAUAUCGAUAUGGAGGGCAAAUGUCGUGGCAUUUGUGCCAGCUGGCAGCAAUGCUAUUGCUCCUUUGCCGUGCGCCUACUGCCGCCCCGUCGGGAUCAGCGCACAUGCGGUGCAAUGCAGACCAAUUCCAGUGUGGAGACGGAAGCUGCAUCUUACAGGCGAAGAUGUGCGACGGACGUCGCGACUGCCCAGACAACACAGAUGAAUUGGAAUGCGACUACAAGAUGUGCCGUCAGCCGCAUUGGUUCCCAUGUGCCCAGACACAUGGAGCCUGCUUGGCAGCUGAACUAAAAUGCAAUGGUGUUGAGAAUUGCCCCGGCGGUGAGGACGAAUUGAAUUGUCCCGGUCGAUUUGGUAGUUCGCGUCGCCUCAAUUGCAGUUUGUUUGAGUAUAUGUGUCAAGACGAUCAUAGUUGCAUACCCUUGGACUUUAUGUGCGAUGGCAAACCGGAUUGCCCAGAUAGCUCUGAUGAGUUGGCCGGAUGCAAGCAGUCGGCUGCCAGUUGCACAACGGGUCAUGUAUGUGCGAAUGGGAAAUGUCUGAAACAGAAGUCAUGGGUCUGUGAUGGCGUCGACGAUUGUGGCGAUGGAAGUGAUGAACAAGGUUGCGGGAAUCUCUGCCAGACAGAGCAUGGAAAAUUCCUUUGCCGCAAUCGGCUCAAUUGUUUGCCACUUAGCCAGGUAUGCGACGGCCAUCCGGACUGCUCGGAUAACAGCGAUGAAUCUGAAAGUUGUCAUUCGAAGCCAGAUUGCUCAAGCAAACAGUGUCCGCCCGGAGCCAAAUGCCAUAUGAUGCCAGCGAGUGGGCCAGAAUGUUAUUGUCCGCAGGGUUUUCGAUUGAGCAAUUUCGCCUCAAAAUGUGAAGACAUUGAUGAAUGCCAAGGACCAAAUGAUGGUCUCUGCAGUCAGAGUUGUGAGAAUACCUCCGGAGGAUAUAAAUGCCUCUGUGACGAUGGCUAUGAGUUGGCCUCGGAUAAUCGCACGUGUCGUGUCUCCUCGGAAGAGCCACUGCUUCUGUACACCACCCAAAAUACGGUAAUGGGCAUGCACAUUAAAGGAAUGGGUCAGCGCAGUCAUCUCAUGAAGUUGGCUGGAAAUUUGACCAAAGUCAUUGGCGUGGCCUACGAUGGACGGCAAAUCUACUGGACGAAUAUACAAAACGAAGGCGAGAGCAUUGUGAAAGCCAAUCCAGAUGGAACGAAUCCGCAAAUUUUGCUCACUUCUGGCCUGGAUGCCCCCGAAGAUUUGGCUGUCGAUUGGUUAACCCAGAAUAUCUAUUUCUCUGACAAUAUAAUGCGUCACAUUGCCGUCUGCUCGAACGAUGGACUGAAUUGUGUGGUUCUGGUCACCCAGGAUGUGCAUCAACCGCGGGGAUUGGCCCUGUGGCCAGAGCGCGGACAAAUGUUCUGGACAGAUUGGGGUGAUAAGCCAAUGAUAGCACGCGCCUCCAUGGAUGGCACCCACUCGAUGCCCCUUGUGACCGAAAACAUACAUUGGCCCAAUGGCAUUGCUCUGGAUAUGCAUCAACAGAGGAUCUAUUGGGUGGAUGCCAAACUGGGUAAUGUUCAGACAGUGCGUCCCGAUGGCACGGGCCGUCGCACAGUACUCGAUGGUAUGCUUAAGCAUCCCUACGGCCUGGCCGUAUUCGAGGACGAGCUCUAUUGGUCGGAUUGGGGCACAAAGAGUAUCCACGUAUGCCACAAGCAGACCGGGAAACAUCAUCGCAUCGUGGCCAAGGAUCGUUCCGUCUUUGCUGUUCAUAUCUAUCAUUCGGCCAAGCAGCCCAAGGUGAAGCAUGCCUGUGAAACGGUCAGAUGUUCGCAUCUGUGCCUCCUGGCCCAAGCGGAUGCGGGUGGAUACAGUUGCGCCUGUCCCGAUGGCAUGCAAUUGGCCGAGGAUCAACAGAGAUGCGUGAAAACGGAGAAACGUCAGCGUCUCUUCAUUGGCGUGCACAAUAUCAUUUUGGAAAUCGAACAUACAUCGUUUGGACGCCAUUUGGUUUCUGCCUCGCACACCUUGCCCUACUAUGCGAUCAGUGAAAUGGUCUACAACAAUGUCAAUGGUUCACUCAUCCUAGCCGAUAAUAUGAAGCGACAAAUCUUCGAAUAUCAUCCGAAUGAGAACACUCUAAAUACAUUGGUUUCCAACAAUUUGGGCAAUGUCAGUGCCCUGGCCUUUGAUUAUUUGAGCCGGAAUCUGUAUUGGGCCGAUGCAGAACGUCGUGUGAUUGAGAUACUUUCGCUGCAAACGAUGCAACGGGCUGUCAUUCGAUUCUUUCAGGGCCAAGAGUCACCUAUUGGCUUGAGUGUAAUGCCCACUGAGGGUUAUCUUUAUGUUGCCCUCAAGGCCAGACGUCAUUCUCAUAUUGAUAAGCUGCCGCUGAGUGGACAAGGUGAACAGGUUCAUGUCUUUGAAGAGGAUUUGGGUGAUGAUGACAUCAAAAUGGUUGCCGAUCCCCUUACACAUACGCUCUUCUGGUCGGACAGUGAUGUCGGACGCAUUAUGUUUACGGACUACCGCAAGGCCCAGGCCCAAUUGUUCCGCGGCAAGCUGAGACGACCCUACAGUCUGGCCCUGGUCCAGCAGGAUCUCUUCUGGAGCGAGUUGGGCACACCGGCCAUUUAUUGGACCCACAAGACCAACAUGGGCCCCAGAAAACGCAUCGAUGUGGAGCCAACCAAAGGUGCACCAUUGAGUCCAUUGCCAGCACGUAUACCAAUCGCUGCCAGCAUGUCGUCUAGUUUCGCUCGGCAGGAUCAUCCCUGCCAGCACCAGAACGGCGGUUGCUCACACAUUUGUGUGGGCGUGGGACAACAUGUUGAUUCUGUCAUUUGCCUCUGUCCGCCGGGUUUUGUAUUCCGUGAUGCCAGCAAUCGCAGCUGCAUUGAGAACUUGGAUUGCGAAUUCCGUUGCCGCAGCGGUGAGUGCCUGACCCAAGCCCAUCGUUGCAAUAGCCGUCAGGACUGUGUAGAUCACUCGGAUGAGGAGAACUGCGAUGCGGCUGAAAAGCCAACCAAAUCAGCGAUGUGUACAGCGAAUCAAUUCACUUGCCACAAUGGCGAGCAAUGUUUGCCCAAGAAGCAAAGAUGCGAUGGCAACAGCGAUUGUCUCGAUGGUUCCGAUGAGCAGCAUUGUGCCCUGUUUGAUAAGACAAAGGAUUGCCAUGAGCAUCAAUUUGCCUGCGACAAUGGCAAAUGCGUCGAUUCCAAUCUCGUGUGCGAUAAUGUCAACGAUUGUGGGGAUAACUCGGACGAAAACAAAUGCAAGACCCCGGCUAAAUGUGCCUCCGGAAUGUUCCAAUGUAAUGGCGGAUCCUGCAUAGCCGCCAGCUGGGAAUGCGAUGGCCGUAUCGAUUGUACUGAUGGCUCCGACGAGCAUGAUAAAUGCGCUCAUCGUCAGUGUCCGGAUAACAUGCAUCGCUGUCAAUUGGGACAGUGCUUGGACAGGAAACUAGUGUGCGAUAGCCACAACGAUUGCGGCGAUCACUCGGAUGAGCUGAAUUGUGGUGCUCAUGGUCUUGGUGCGGUCAACAUCUCGUGUCCCGAUCAUUUGUAUCAAUGUGCUAGCAAUUUGAAACUCUGUUUCGACCAGGCUGUGCGCUGCAAUGGCACAGCCGAGUGUCCACGUGGCGAGGACGAGGCCAAUUGUGGGGAUGUCUGCAGCAUCUAUGAGUUCCAGUGUCGCAGCGGUAAUCAAUGCAUACGCAAGGAGUUCCACUGCGAUGGCGAGCGGGAUUGUGACGAUGGCAGCGAUGAGGUUUUAUGCGACAAUCAAAAGGGACAACACAAGAAUCAGAGUGCGAUCGAGAGCUGGUCAACGGCCAGGCGAACAUGUCGGCCGCAUCUAUUUGAUUGUCAGGAUGGCGAUUGUCUGGACAUGUCAAGGGUGUGCAACAACUUCAACGAUUGCCUCAAUGGCAACGAUGAGGGUCCUCAGUGUGCCACAGCUUGCCGGGCCAAUGCGGGCGGACGCAAGGUCUGCCAGCACAAGUGCCGGGCCACGCCUGCGGGGGCCGUGUGUAGCUGCUUUGAUGGCUAUCGCCUGGACAUCGAUCAGCGCAGCUGUGUGGACAUCGAUGAGUGUGCCGAGCAGCAACCGUGUGCCCAGCUCUGUGAGAAUACCCGUGGUGGCUACCAGUGCCAGUGCCAUGCGGACUUUAUGUUGCGUCAGGAUCGCGUCAGUUGCAAGAGCAUUCAAGGUGGCGGCUCCUCACUCCUCUUUAGUAGCUACAAUGAGGUGAGGAAUUUCAGUGAUCAGCCAGUUAUGCUAUCGGUGGCCUGGUCGGCCAACGAUUCACGGAUUAGUGGCUUUGAUUUGGAUAUGAUCAGGGAGUUGGCCUACUUCUCCAGCGAGGAGCAGGAUGCCAUCUAUCAGAUUGAUGUCCACACGCAUCACAUCAAGCGAGCCCUCUCGUUGAAAUCGCCAACCAAAUUAUCGGUUGACUGGACAACUGGCAAUGUCUAUGUACUGCAUGGAACCAUGGGCGGAGGCAGCAGUUUCUCGCAUCAGAUCAGCGUAUGCAGUUUCGAGGCCAAAAUGUGUGGACGCAUUAUCGAAAUGAGAGCAAAGAAUCAAAUGCAUCUCAAGCAUCUGGCCGUCGAUGCUUACCAUGCUCGUCUCUUCUAUGUGGCCGUACGUCUGGAUCGUUUUGGUCCAUCGACCAGUGAGAUGUACAUGUCCCGCCUGGAUGGCAGUCGUCAGGAACUGCUGCUCCACAAGCCAUCUAGCUAUAUAACAGCCCUGGCCAUUGAUCCGCAUCAGCAACAUUUGUACUACACGGAUCUCCACAAUCGUCGGCUGGAGCGUUUGAGCUAUGUGAAACGAUCGGGACCCAUACGGAAACCUGAAGUUCUUUUGCAAAAAUCGAAUGCCAUUGUCCGACCAUCGGGCCUGAGUGUCUACGAGAAUCAGGCGUAUAUCAUCAAUCUGGGAUCCACCGAGGCCGUUCAAUGUCGUCUCUACGGCAGUCGAACAUGCCAUGCCAUCAACUUGAAUGUCCUAAAUGCCCAGGAUAUUGUGAUCGGUGGCAAAUCGCGACAACCCCGACGCACUAGCAAUCCCUGUGAGAUGGCCCACUGUCAUGGGAUGUGCCUGCUGGCCGAUUACGGUUUCGAGUGCAUGUGUGGCAGUCAGGUGGUUGCCGAAACGGAGAGAUGCCCGCAUGGCCUUAAUCAUGAACUGGAGGAUUGGCCGGGUUCGGCUGCCAAUCGUCUGGAGAAGGGAGGCUUACAUUUUGGUCGAAUAAUGAUCAUUUUGGUGCUCAUUUUGAUUGUCGGAUUGACCGCUGGGCUGGGUUAUAUGUACUACCAGUACAGGAAACGUGGUCAUAAGGAUCUCAAUAUUAACCUGCAUUUCCAGAAUCCGUUGGCGCGGCUUAAUAGCAAAACUAUUGAAGAGGCGGAACAACAACAACAACAGCAACCAGGAACCAUCGGCUAUGGAACCAGCACAACAACAUCGACAUCCUCCUUUGUGCCCGAGCAAUUUACUCGGCCGACUCUCAUGCAACGUUUAUGGCCAACGAAGCAGUCAGCUGUCUCGGGCACGGUCACAGCGACGGCCAAAUACAAUGGCGAGGAAAUGGUCACCGAUAUUCUUCUGGAGAACACAAGGGGAAGUGAACUACAAGCGAUCCACCAUGGACGGACUGCACGGUCCAGAGGAGUCGGAGAGGGAUCACCGCUCAUCAUGGUGGGCGACUCCGAUGAUAAUGCCACCUUAUGCGGAGACUACCCAAGCGAUGAUGCGCAUGCACGACUUGUGCCAUAAAUAGCUUUUCAUUUGUCCCCCUUCCCUCCCUCCCCACUCGAAAUUUUUCUAUCUGUUCUUAAAUGUAAGUGUUGAUUAAUUAUUCUUCCAUUUUUUGGUUUUUUUUUGUGUAUUUAUUUGAAAUGUUUAUCAUGUAACAACAAACAAAGCAACAUCUUUAGUCUACUUUUAAAAUAUUAAAUAUAUGUAUUCAAUGUAAA